ACAUCAACAGCCAUGUCUGAAACCGUACCUGCUGCGCCUCCUGUUACUUCUGCGGAGAAGACGCCUGUGAAGAAGAAGGCUCGCAAGUCUGCUGGUGCCGUGAAGCGCAAGGCGUCCGGGCCCCCGGUAUCCGAGCUCAUCACCAAGGCUGUCUCCGCUUCCAAGGAGCGCAGCGGCAUGUCCCUGGCUGCGCUCAAGAAGGUGCUGGCAGCUGGCGGCUACGACGUGGAGAAGAACAACAGUCGGAUCAAGCUAGGUCUCAAGAGCCUGGUGAGUAAGGGCACCCUGGUGCAGACCAAGGGCACCGGCGCCUCUGGCUCUUUCAAGCUCAACAAGAAGUCGGCCACCGAGGAAGCGAAGCCCAAAGCCAAGAAAGCGAGCGCGACCAACCCCAAGAAGGCUACUGGGGCAAAGAAGCCCAGGAAGGCCACAGGCGUUGCCAGUCCGAAAAAAACCGCCAAGAAGACCCCAAAGGCAAAAAAACCAUUAGCAGGUACCGGGGCCAAGAAAGUGGUCAAGAGCCCGAAAAAGGUGAAGACAGCCAAACCGAAGAUGGCCAAGAGUCCAGCCAAGGCCAGAAUUCAUAAGCACAAGGUAGCCAAGCUUAAAGCGGUCAAGCCAAAGAAGGCGGCCCCCAAAAAGAAGUAAGAGAAAAAAAAGACUUGAGUACCUUAAAGGCUCUUUUCAGAGCCACCCAAUUAAUCUUAAAGAACUUGUAACACCAUUUUUGCCGGAGGCGGAGGUUGGGAGGAGAGGUUUUAUUUCUUCGCUCGGAAUGGAGGUCCCAGUUCACAGGAAUCUUUCACAGAAAAGGUGGUUGGCUCUGAAAAGAGCCUUUGGGUUUUUCAGAGGUUGGCACUUAAUCGGGAGACACAAAUCUACGCCCUCUCCCCGCGGAUGCGGCGGGCGAGCUGGAUGUCCUUGGGCAUGAUGGUGACGCGCUUGGCGUGGAUGGCACACAGGUUGGUGUCCUCGAAGAGCCCCACCAGGUAGGCCUCGCACGCCUCCUGCAGCGCCAUCACGGCCGAGCUCUGGAAGCGCAGGUCGGUCUUGAAAUCCUGCGCGAUCUCGCGCACCAGCCGCUGGAACGGCAGCUUGCGGAUCAGCAGCUCCGUGGACUUCUGGUAGCGGCGGAUCUCGCGCAGGGCCACCGUGCCGGGCCGGUAGCGGUGCGGCUUCUUCACGCCGCCCGUGGCCGGCGCGCUCUUCCGGGCCGCCUUGGUGGCCAGCUGCUUGCGCGGGGCCUUGCCGCCGGUGGACUUGCGAGCGGUCUGCUUAGUACGAGCUGUGACAGAUUUCCCGAAAGCAGCUAGCUGGUGGAAAAAUGAUAAACCUGCCCCCCGCCCCCCCCACCCCGCACCGGUAUAUAUAAAGAGAGUUCCUUUCUGAUUGGACAAGGCAUUUGUUCCUUACGGCUUGCAGUGAAGGUAUUGGUAGUGAGGUUCACUCUCCGACAUCAGCCUCCCUUUGAAUGGCUGUUUUCAACCCUUUCUCGCCUCUAUCUUCCUUAUGCAGUUUCUUUACAAUGUUCUUUGGCUUUUCUCCGCAGAACUUAACACAAAUUAUUACAAUGCUUAAUCUUG